UUGGCACCUCCCUGUGUCCCGGGCCCGCCUCGCUCAGCCGUCAUUCGGUUCUGUGGCGCAGUCGAGCACGGACCGCGCUUGUCGCUCUGCCUCGCUCGCUCACUCGCCGCCGCCCGUGCGUGCCAGCCGCGAGUAGUGUCUUAGGGUGUGUGUAGGCCAACGUAGGGCCCCUGUGGUGCUGCUUUAGCCCUUGUACGCACACGCUAGGGCAUUCCGACAUCGUAGCAGAUACAGGAAUUAUUGCUAAUAGCGCUAACUGCAUUUUCGUGUUUGUGGGAGUUUUGUGAAUGUCGUGAAUUUGAUGAUGUAUCCUCGGAAAAAGUAGAUCCAAGUGUGAGAAUUUAACAUCGGUUAACAACCUAUUGGUGCAUACUUUGUAAAAGGAAAUUGAGGAGUUUAAUGUGUGCUGAAAUACAUAUUACUGUGUAAAAAAAAGUUCUUCAAUAGAUAUUGUUCGAUAGUAAACACUCAUUUUUGUUGGAAGUUUUAAUUACUGGAUCCAAAUUUGUAAAAAAAAAAAAAUCUCAUAAUAGCUAACCUUCCAUGGAUUACUGGUUUGUAUCCACUAUAUCCUCGAGUGUGCACUGUAUGUGUGGGUGAUGGUGGAAGAGGUAGUGUUGUGAGUGUUCGUGAUAGUGUCGAAGUGACUAAGCAAGGAGUACCAACGCCGUGGAUUUUCUCUUUCCUUGGAGUAGGUGCGCUCUCGUCGAACGGCUCUCGGAGACCAUAAAGUUAAGGGUCGCGGGCCGAGGUGAGAGCGGAGGUGCAGGAGGGCGGAGCGCGGAGGAGGAGCCCAGCAGGACCCGGAGACAGCCCGAUCAGCAUGAGCGCGACGAGCAAGUGCUGAGCCCCGCCGCCGUGGAUCAGCAUGGCCGUCAUCUACCGUGACAAGGCGUGAAAAAGGCAAGAUGGCAGAGGGUGCGGGCGGCGGUCCCGUCCUCCUCCUCCCGGGCCGGCGCGCUCGGCUCACCCGCCCCACCACCACCACGACCUCCACGACGACGGCGGUCACGACCUGCUCACGUCCCGACGCCUCCCGCGGCCAAGGGUCGUCCCCGCUAAAGACUUUUGCUGAUAGAGACGCGUUACAGCCACGGGGAAUUUGUGUAAAUGCCGCGCCGGGAGGAAAUGGCGCCGUUAGCUGUCCCGGCCAAGGGGCGCUGGAGGGCCCCGCGCUCCCCCCGGCGGGGCGUCACGCUCAUUGUGUCCCUAGACGAGCGCCAGUGCCACCCGUGGGACCGCCCAUGCCGCGGGCGUCGCCUUCAAGCACCUGCACUCCCGAGGGCGCCAAGGUGUGCGAGGGCGGAGAGAGAGGCCCCCUGAGGAGCGUCCCGGGGGGAGUCCGUGGGACGCUGAGACGAGGGGGGAGGUGGCCAGGGUGGGGCGGCGCACCUGCGGCCCUCCUGGCGUCCACCUUCCUGCUGACACUCCUGGCCCCCGCUCGCGGAUUCGAUCUAGCCUCCUGCAACGCCCCCCUCGGGAUGCAAUCCGGCAAGAUCAAGGACAGCCAGAUCUCCGCCUCCUCCUCCUACGACGUCUCCGUCACGGGGCCCUCCUCGGCCAGGUUGAACGUGGAGAGGGCUGGGGGAGCGUGGUGCCCUCGGGAGAUGGUGGGCCAAGAGGACCUGAAAGAGUACCUGGAGAUCGACCUGGAGUCGCCCCACGUCAUCUCGUUCACAGAGAGCCAAGGGCGCUUCGGCAACGGUCAGGGCGUCGAGUUCGUGGAGCAGUACAUGCUGGAGUACUGGCGCCCGGGCCACAACACCUGGUACACCUACAAGAAGUGGAACGGCGACAAAAUCCUGCAGGGCAACAAGAACCAGUACAUGCCGGUGCGGAACGAGCUCGUGCCGCCCAUCAUCGCCUCCAAGAUUCGCUUCGUGCCCUUCUCGCCUCACCCGCGGACCGUCUGCAUGCGCGUCGAGCUCCACGGCUGUCCCUACGAGGACGGGCUGGUGUCGUACUCCAUGGCCCAGGGACAGGACCGCGGCAUGGAGGUCGACCUGCUGGACCUGAGCUACGACGGCACGACCACCGAGGGCCUCCUGUACGGCGGCCUCGGCCAGCUCCACGACGGCAUCACAGGCGACCACAACUUCCGCACCGACAUCGGACACGGGAAAGGCUACGAGUGGGUUGGGUGGAAGAACGACACGCAGAACCCCCUGGAGAUCACGUGUGAGUUCGACGUCGUCCGCAACUUCACGGCGAUGUACAUCUACGCCAACAACAUGUACACUAAGGACGUGCAGGUGUUCUCGCGGGCGCGGGUGCUGUUCAGCGUGGGCGGGCGGUACUUCGGGUCGCGCCCCAUCGAGUACAACUACAUGACAGACGAGGUAUCCGAGUACGGGCGCAACGUCAGCAUCAAGCUCCACCACCGCGUCGGCAAAUACGUCAAGGUCCAGCUGUUCUUCAAGGCGCGAUGGAUCAUGAUCUCCGAGAUAUUCUUCGUCUCGCGCCCAGCCCGAGGGAACUUCAGCGAGCUGACUGAGACGGAGGAGCUCCCCCCCGAGGCCGGCGGCGCCCCCCACCACGACUCGUCCUCGGGCUACAUGCACGACGGCGCUGCCCUCGGCGACAAGAACCAUCGGAAUCUUGUGGUGACGGACGUGUCGGAGGAGCCCCGCGGCCAAGAGUACGUGGCGCUGGUGAUCGGCGUGCUCAUCGCGGUGAUCAUCCUGCUGGUGUCGGCCAUCCUGCUGAUCGUGUGGCGGGCGCGGAGGCAGAAGGCGGGCACGAUCACGCACGACAUCUUCACGGGGCCCUACGGAGAGAAGAGGGACAUCGUCAACCUGAAGGAGGUGCAAAAGUUCCUGACGGCGCCAGCUGUUCUCCGGCCGUCGUCACUGUGCUCCUCGCCUCGCCUCGCGACCCACAGGAGCAACGGCUACAGGCUCAACACUACUCUGCCCAUACACCCGUCACAGAUGGGCGUGGAGGGCGGCGACAUCGACAAGGCCGGCCUGUACUCGGAGCCUUACCACAUGACUUACAACUCCAUAGGCGGCUACUCGUCCAUGGCGCACAAGAUGAGCCACCCGAACCCUCUCUCCAGCCCCGACUAUACAGCUUCCGAUGUGUCUGCAGAGUGCCCUUCCACGGAGUACGCCAUCCCGCACAUGAGCGGCGAGGCGGGGGCCACAGGGGGGUACCCGCCCCCUCUCCCGCACUCCAAGCCGCCCCUCCACACCCUCAACACCUUCCUCGGCAAGCCCCCGCCCACGCCCCUGCCGCCCAACGCCGCCCAGCCUCAGGAGAGCUUCUACGCCGCCACCGAGAUCGUUGCCGUAAGUGAUGUGGGCAGCAAUGGCACAGCAGGGGGCCGGCAGGGGCAGCAGGGCCAGCAGGGGGCAGCAGGAGCGGCGGCCACCCUGGAGAACGUGACCGCCAGGGAGAUCCCGAGGAGCGCCAUCACCCUCCUGCAGCAGAUCGGGGAAGGCCAGUUCGGGGAGGUUCACUUGGGCGAAGUCGAGGACGAGGAGGGACAGAAGCAGAUGGUUGCCGUGAAGACAUUGCGAUUGGAAGCCUCGCACUCCGUCAGGUGUGACUUCGAGCGCGAGGUGGAGAUCCUGGCGCGCCUUCGAGACCCCAACAUCGUGCAGGUGGUGGGCGUGUGCUCGAGGGAAGAGCCCCUGUGCAUGCUGGUCGAGUACAUGGAGCACGGGGACCUCAACCAGUACCUGCAGGCCCACAUCGCCGAGACCGCCUCCCCCAGGAACACGCACGCCAAAACGCUCAGCUACGGAUGCCUUAUAUACAUGGCCACUCAAAUAGCCUCAGGCAUGAAGUACUUGGAGUCCCUCAACUUCGUGCAUCGAGACCUCGCCACACGGAACUGUCUCGUGGGGGCGGGUCACGUGAUCAAGAUCUCAGACUUCGGCAUGAGUCGGAAUCUCUACAGCGCUGACUACUACAGGAUCGAGGGCAAGGCUCUGCUGCCCAUACGCUGGAUGGCCUGGGAGUCCGUCCUCUUGGGCAAGUUCACGACCAAGAGCGACGUGUGGUCGUUCGCCGUCACGCUGUGGGAGAUCCUGACGAUGGCGAGGGAGCAGCCGUACGAGGACCUCACCGACGAGCAGGUCAUCGAGAACGUCUCAUACAUCUACCACAAUGAGGCCAGGAAGAGUGACCUGUUGCAUCUUCCUCCCGGCCAGGCCCUGCUGCCGCAGCCUGCCAACUGCCCCAAGGAGAUCUACGACCUGAUGCGCGAGUGCUGGAAGCGCUCCGACGCCGACCGCCCGACCUUCAGGGAAAUCCAUAUGUUCCUUCAGCGCAAGAACCUGGGCUACUCUCCUGUUACCUGAGACCUGCUGGAGGACCUUCGCGGCGUGGGCGUGCUGCCCUUCGCCCGGGGGUCUUUCGCCACCUUCGGGCGGGACGUGUACACGGAGCGUAGGGGGGGAGGGCCCCUGAGGCGCGCCAUGGCCCAAUCCGAGGGUGACGUGCAGCAGCUGGGGGCCGGGGCCACGCUGCCCGUUAGAGGAACCUGCGCCAGCCUGGAGGGGGACGUGUGCUACUACAGCAAGAACCUCCUGUCGAGUUCUUACGAAGGGCGGCACCUGCGUCUCUAGGAUAGCUACUGUGGUAAAGAGAAAUCCUGAGAUGACACGAGAGGAAAAACGGAAAAAAUAACUGAAACUUAUAACAUUGAAGUCCUCCAUUUCUUGUACUCUUUCGUCAUGGAGAGCGUGUUGCGCGAGACUGCUAUCAAUCACAAGCUUCAAGAGCCCGUUCAUGUUUACGAGAUGUUGUGUCCCUGGAAUAUUAUAUGUAUUAUUCACUAUUCAAUUUUGCCUGUUCAAGUACUUACACUGAAAUUGUAUAUGUAAAUGAUGUGAUCCAGUUUUAUGGAAGAAUACCAGAUAAAUGUCAGAGUGACUGGCAGAUGAACCUUUCUAGUCGUGAUGGAAGUUGGUAACGAAGAUACCAACGACGAUAAGUGUGAAGAGAAGCAUUUCUGGAAGUGCUUCUGUCUCUAGGUGUUUAUACUCUUGGUAGAAUCGAGUGCUAUAAAAAUAACAAACAAACGUUAAGAUCCCCUAGCAAAUAGAGUUGCCGUGUAUAUAUACGCUGGUUAUGAUUUGUCAUUGGCCAUGAGAUUGUGAUUUAGUGCUUUGGUUAACCAUUAUGCUUCAGAUUUUUGUAUAUAUACUUGUAUGUAUGUAUGUUUGUAUAAAUUUUAUUACUGUACAUAUCAGACAGUUUUACAGUUGUAUUUUCAGUCUAUCUGCGCUAGUCAAAAGACACAUCUGCUGGCUCUUACGUCUGUGUUGAUCGGCAUCCUUAGAUUAAACAUCAACGGAAAAUACACGUCUAAAUUUACGAUUAACUGCAGAUUAUGUGUAUCAUGAUGUGCUAGAAUAAGGGCCAUAGUUGCAUAAUAGUGUAUCGUAAGACCUUUUUUCAUGAUUUUUAAAUAGAUUUUAUUGGAAGCGAAUUAGUGUAAAUAUAUAUAAAAUAUAAAUAUAUAUAUCUUUGUUUCAUGCAGACGGUAUGGUUUUCACAGUUGAAAUGUUUUUUAUAUAGAGAAUUUACCAAACUACUCUAAUACGAAACGAAGUUAAAUCUAGUGACCCACAUUACAGCAUUCUGGAUCUGUCGCUGGAUCUGCUAAUACGACCUGCCGCUGGAUCCAACAUUAUCCCGGGCUGGGUACACCAACACUAUCCUGCUUUAGAUUCGCCAUCACUUCCCAAUAGAGGAUCCACGAGCACUAUCCAACGCUGGAUAAUGGCCUCGGAAGAUGGACCUGCCGACAAAAAUAACCUACACACGAACCACGAUCAGAAACGAAAUGUUUUCUCCAUCAUUUCUUACUUGUCAUUUCUCUUCACACUGUGCAUCUUGCUCCCCUCAAUAGCAAACCUUUUCGCCACCAAAAGCAAUACUACUUUGGUUCGCUUGUAGCCGUUACUGUACUUCCACUUUGAACAAGGUUCUAGGUCACCACAUACCUACAGCUUAUACCGUUUGGAUGUAGCGUCAAACGCCAUGGAUAAUAAUAAUUCAAUAUAUUCCUCUAACACUGAUAUAAACCUCACCAACAGUGUUUUCCUAGACCUUCUCCACAUAAGUUUAACCACCGCUCCACAAAGUACACUCUUCCUCUGAGGAUACAAAACACAGACACAUUGAAAUAGAUAAAGGAGGAUCCGACACUAUACCCGUGGAUCCAGCACUUCCCCUGAACGGUUAAACUCAAUAAGUGAUUUUCGUUUUUUCGUUGAACGGAGGUAAACGCCACCUCUUUUAGUUCUUACUGUUUGCUUUGACCGUCACCUGGCCGUCGAGUCACGCCUGGCACCCGCAAGAGAGGGAUUGUCGAAGGGAAGCAUCACGCUGUCCAAAAAAAGAAAAAAAAAGAAAGAAAAAAAAAUAUUGCGCCUUACUCUUACACGAGAUAAUCGCCGACGUGUGGAGCGGGUUCGGGUUUCGAGGACUCGCGGUUCGAAUUCCAGUUGGUGUGCGUCAAGAACUACACUGAUUUUGGAAGCGAUUUUUAUCCUUUAUGGCCUGCAUAAUAGUCGCCGAUAACAUCUGUUCAGAAGACAUUGAAAGGAAUGGCCAUUGUCACGUCGAAAAUGCCUUUCUGCGGUCGUAUCACAAGUUCUAUUAUGUGGUGAAUAGUGUCUUCUCUCUACGAAUUAAUGCUUAAGAUAACGUGAUUGAAAAUUGUACUAGCAUAAUAUUAACUUUGUGUGAUGUGCGAGUGACGGCUUCCCGGCCCCCUCCUUCGGGCUCCAGGUCUCCAGGGCACACUAGUGAUGGAUUAUUUUGCAUUCUUUAAUUAACACCGUGUAUAAGGGCAAUAGGCAAUGUUAGGCCUGUAAAUACUAUUAGAUGUUUCAUAACUCAAGAUUUCAUUUGUUGAUAGAGUGGACACUUGUGAGAUGCUAAUAGAUUUAGGUGUAUAUAAGGUAAUACGAAUGCUAUGAUAACUUAAUGUUUCCUGUGAUAAAGCUAACCUUAUUGAUCGUGUCUGUGGCAGAGGCAACGAACCUGAGCGUCAGUCUGUCUUUUUCGAACAUUUUUUUUCUCCCUAUCUCUUUCAAAGGCACAAUGGUGCGUGCAGUGAUUUCAUUUCGAUAUUUUUUCCUUUAUCGAGCCGCAACCUUCGUUGUUAUGAUUUGAAAUUCAAUCCGUUUUAGCGUCGUCAUUAAAAAUAUAUAUGAAUGUACUCUUUUCUCUCUCUUCUUUUUUAAAUGCUUAACAAAAGGAAAAAUUCAAUGUUUAUUCCUUUAAGCUGGCCGAGGUUACGCUACAGCUGCAGACGUAACGUUACAGCUGGUGAACUUAUGAACCAAUAACAAGCAAUUGAUGAUCAGCUCUAUGACUGCCCGUUACAGCCGCGUCAGGUGUCUGUCUUUCCUGUGGCUACCGUGUCUUACAUUGAUUUUUUGAGUGUCUAGGAAAGCAGGUAUGCCAAGGCAGGAACGAACCCAUUUUCUGUCACGUUUUUUAUACAGGUCUUCACGUUUAGUAGAGUAAUCACGUGUAUGGUGUUCAGCUACGAGGCAUUAUUAUCUCUCUUUGAUUUCCCUCUUUAUCUGCAUCUUUCUCUUAACCCGAAGUGUCUUGUAUAUCUCUUUAACAAAAGGAAAAGAAAAGGAAAAAAAAAAUCUAAUGCCCCCGACCCUUCUACCGCGCGUUAUGUGUUUUAUGAUACACACCUUGUGUUUGUUUUCUUUGUCGAUGUGCCAUAAAUACUUUGUUUUUGGGGGGAGAAUAUGUGUUUGUAACUCCCUGACUCGUACUGCGCGUGGCAUCGAGGAGGAGGUCCGUGUGCGGGCGCGACAAUCUGUUCCCGCGGCCGCGUUAAUUGCUCGCGGGAAAUAGCGCUGACAAUUUUACAAAUGAUAUUUUUUGAUGAGUAAAACAAAAUAAGAAAGUGGAUAUCUGGAUGUAUAUGAUACUAAGUUGGUUGUCAUUGUCUUAUUUGCCUCUCUUAUAUAAAACCAAUGCCUCUUCACCAUGCAAUGAGUUGAUUGGGUUGCUGUAAUUGAUGAAACACUUUACAUAGUGAUAGCACAUCUUGCAAGAUGGGAAAUAAAAUUUUGUGGUCAGUAAAGGAAAUAUUCGUUUGUCUUUUUCGGAAUUCAAACGUUCUUGCAGGAUGCAGUUUAUUGGCUUUCUACGAAUAUGAUUCUUUCCCCCAAGAGAUUUAGUGUAAAUAACAAUGAUUUGUGUCGACGCAUUCACCUUCGUUGGAGGAGAUGAUGAACAAUAACAAUAACAAAUCGAGAAGAAAAGAUAAAAAUGAUUGCUCGGGCUUUGUUAACUAGUUCGGAAAUGCAUAACAAUAUAAAGAUUACCGAUCGCUGCGUCACUUUUUUGAGAGUUUGUGCCUUGUACGACGUCAUCGCAAGUCGCUUCAGAACUUUAUAAAACAAUAAUCGAUGAACCCAGAGCCCAGGAAGCCCAGACGCACAGGAGCUACAGCGAGGAUAGCACUUUCUUCCUCAUUCAAGUCUGGAUGUGGCUGGAGUCGUUCCUCAUAUUUCCUUCCGCUUCUUAGCAUCUUUGUUUCUUUUCACUUUCUUGCUCCUCUUCUUCCUCUUCAUUAUUCUCUUCUAGUUCUUCAUUUACUAUCAUUUUUUCCUCUUCCUCCUCCACCUUCUCUUUCUCCUCCUCCUCCUCCUCCUCUUCUUCUUCGUCCUUUUCCUCCUCCUCCUCCUCCUCCUCCUCCUCCUCCUCCUCCUCCUCCUCCUCCUCCUCCUCCUCCUCCUCCUCCUCCUCCUCCUCCUCCUCCUCCUCCAUCUCCCACAGCUCCAAAGGAGGCUCAAAAAUAAUAAGGAAGAAAAAAGAAAAGAAAAAAUCGCCACACGAAGCUGGAUGCGUCGACGCGGGGAUCCUGCGGGGGCGACGUGAACUAUAUUUAGAUAUUAAACAAUCGUAAGUGGCUAAUAGAUAAAAAAAAAAACCAUAAGCGAUUAUCGGAGCCAGCUCUCUUUUCAGUCGUACGUGGGACGCCAAUGGGACUCGCGGUGUCAGUUCGCCCAGGCGGGGAGGAUAGCUCUAGGAACUCAAAAACCGAUAGAUAGCGUUUUCUUUUCGGGGGAGAAAUGGCUCAAAAGAUUAAUGUCGACACAAAGAGGCUACCUAGUGGAAUUUUCAUGCUCAAAUGACUUUCGCAACUUGGGGGGGGCAUUUCACGUUGGUGUCUUGUCCCUUCCUAUCCCUCCCCCCCCCCUAAAAAAAAGAAAUGAUAGUAUUAAUAAAGAAAUAAGUUGAUAAAGACCCAUAUAGAUAUUAAUACUUAUUAGAAUUUAAGAGCUACCUUGUUCAGAGUCUUAUUGCGUCUUCACAUACGGUUCAAAAUGGUCGCUAGCAUGGAGAAGACUAAUAAACAUGGAGGUGUGCUACGGUGAUUUGUAAGACAUAUCUCAUUUUGUUGUGCCUGCAUUACUACGGUGCCCUUGCAACAUUUUCAACAUUGCUACUCAAGUGUGCGAACUGACUGUAUAUACAUGUUAGAAAUAAAACUAUGAUAUUUUUGUAAUUA